AAUUACGAAAUAAACAAAUUUGUUUCCGGUCGUAAUAUAACGCAGAAUUGACAUUUGUUUAUAAACUAGUAAUUUUUCAUUAAAUUCGUGUUAAAAAUGUCUUUAGCCGAUGAAUUAUUGGCUGAUUUGGAAGAGGAUGAUGAUGGAGAUGAGGCAAUGCAAGAAGAUGAAUUGGAAUUUAUUACACCUGUUUCGCUUGUUCAAGCCACUAAAGAAGAUAUAAAAGUUAGUACAGUAAAAGAAUUGGCAAAGUUGAGAGAUUCACCGGAGUUGCAUAAAAUUGUUUCACAAAUUGAUAAAUAUAGUAAAGUCCCAAGAAAAUGUGUAGACAUCGUUGGACCGGUAGAAUCAGAUCCGGAAUAUCAGCUUAUCGUUGAAGCUAAUAACAUAGCUGCAGAUAUAGACAAUGAGAUUGCAACAAUCCAUAGAUUUGUUCGAGAUAAAUAUUCUAAAAGGUUUCCUGAACUUGAAUCACUAGUUGUUGGUCCACUGGAGUACGUAAUGACCGUCAAAGAGCUGAGCAAUGAUUUAGACAAAGCAAAAAAUAAUGAAAUCCUCCAGCAGUUUCUGACUCAAGCUACUAUUAUGGUUGUUUCGGUAACGGCUUCAACAACUCAAGGGCAAUUGUUAACUGAUGAGGAAAAAGACGCUAUUAGUGAAGCAUGCGAUAUGGCACUGGAGUUAAACAAUUACAAGUUGAAAAUUUAUGAAUAUGUGGAAAGUAGAAUGGCAUUUAUUGCUCCAAACCUUUCAAUAAUCGUUGGAGCAUCAACAGCAGCAAAGAUAAUGGGAGUUGCUGGGGGCUUGACUAAACUAUCCAAAAUGCCAGCAUGCAAUCUACUUGUAUUAGGUUCACAGAAAACUACUUUAUCUGGAUUUUCUCAAACGUCAACAUUACCACAUACCGGAUUUAUUUAUUAUUGCGAUAUCGUUCAAGACGCUCCACCCGAUCUCAGAAGAAAAGCGGCGAGGUUAGUAGCUUCUAAAAGUAUGUUAGCUGCUCGUGUUGAUGCUGCACAUGAAAGUACCGAUGGACACAUUGGUCAAAGUCUUCGUGAAGAAAUAGAGAAAAAAUUAGAUAAACUUCAAGAGCCGCCACCAGUUAAAUUUGUCAAACCUUUACCUAAACCGAUUGAUCCUGGUAGAAAGAAGCGAGGAGGAAAACGUGUGAGAAAAAUGAAAGAAAGAUAUGCUAUCACAGAAUUUAGAAAACAUGCUAAUAGAAUGAACUUUGCUGAUAUUGAAAGUGACGCGUAUCAAGAAGAUCUCGGCUAUAGUCGAGGUACAAUAGGAAAAGCAGGAACUGGAAGAAUCAGGUUACCUCAAAUAGAUGAAAAGACUAAAGUGCGUAUAUCUAAAACGCUACAAAAAAAUCUACAAAAACAACAACAAUGGGGUGGUAGUACAACUGUAAAAAAACAAGUUUCUGGAACGGCUUCUAGUGUUGCUUUUACUCCUCUCCAAGGACUUGAGAUUGUUAAUCCACAAGCGGCUGAGAAAAAAGUUAAUGAAGCAAAUGCUAAAUACUUUUCUAAUACUGCUGGUUUUCUGAAAGUUCAAAAAAAUUAAAUUUUUUAUUAAAAUUCUCAUUAGUAUAAUAAAAAGUCUCAGAUGUUCGAAAACCUUGUGAUCACACAGAAUGAAUGUUUAUAAGAAUGAAAACAGUAAAGUAACAGGCUUGAGAGCGACAUAUCAAAACAGAGAUGGGUGUGCUCAACUGCAGGUUAUUCACA